AAUCCUACCAAAGACGCAAGAUGGGCUUACGCUGAAACAGAAAACUGCAACACUAUCACUAUAUAUUACGGCAAUGGCUAAGCCAGAAGACAUCCCCGAGAUGGAGUACCGCUUCCUGGGCCGCUCAGGUCUUCAGGUGUCUGCAAUCUCCCUCGGAGGAUGGCUGACAUAUGGUGGCCACAUUGAUAAAGAACGUACAUUUGAAUGCAUGAAGGCCGCCUAUGACUGCGGUGUCAACUUCUUUGACUGUACCGAAGAAUACUCCAAUGGUGAAUCCGAGAUUGUCAUGGGCGAGGCUAUCAAGAAGUUCGGUUGGAAACGAAAUGACCUGGUGGUCUCUACCAAGGUAACCCACCGCACUUGUGCCAUAGAUGCAUGGUUCAUCAUGUAAUGAUGCUAAGAAACCCCGUAUAGCUCUACUGGGGAGGAGCAUUUGGAGACAACCUCGUCAACAACAAGGGACUUUCGAGAAAACACAUUGUCGAGGGGAUUAAUGGUGCUCUCAAGCGGUUGGAUCUCGAGCCUUCUAUUGGGGAACUUCGAUGUGGAAUGCCGAUGAGAUCGCACAGGCGUGGCGAUAUGCAGACAAACUGGGUCUGAUAGGCCCAAUUAUGGAGCAACCCGCUUACAACAUGCUGGAUCGAGUCAAGGUAGUGCAGGAAUAUGUCCACUUGUAUCGUGAAGUUGGCCUUGGUCUGACUGUAUUCUCACCUAUGCGCCAAGGCAUCCUGUCUGGAAAAUACAAUGACGGCAUUCCUGGUGACUCUCGCUUCGCCAACGAAGAGAUCAAAUGGGUUAAUGGUUUCUGGAAGCAAACAGGGAAAGAUACCUGGACGGCGAUUAUUGAGCAGGUCAACCAACUGAAGCCUAUCGCGGAUAGACUUGGUCUCAAACAGAGCCAACUCGCCUUGGCCUGGGUACUAAGCAAUAAGAAUGCCAGCUCUGCUAUAACGGGCGCUAGCAGUCCUGAGCAGGUGUAUGAGAACGUCAGAGCUGUGGCUGCUGUCAGAAAGUUGACUCCAGAGAUUUUGGAGGAGAUUGAUGUGAUUCUCAACAACAAACCACCUGAGGUUGUAGAGCGGUUUUAAGUACUAACUUGACUUGACUUGACCAUGGCGACAAUACACGCGAUGGCCGUACUCACAAAUUGGGACAUUAUUGCUCAUAAGAAAUGAUUAAAUCCCAGCUGAGUCUAAUUAUUUUUGUAUGCAUGUGCGUAACAACAGAGAGAUCGAACAAUAUUAACUCACGGC